CGCAUCUGUAUAAUCUUGAAAAUGAAACUGAAGAAUCUUUUGCCACUUUUCUGGUUUUUCCUUGUUGGCUUUCCUGUUGUGUAUGCACCAUGCGGGAAAACAGGUUUCUUUAAACCAAAUCAGCAGUAUGACAAGAACCGUAGCCUUCUCCUCUCUUCUCUAGCUUCUAACGUCUCAGCUCGAGGCGGCUUCUACAAUGCUUCGGUUGGACAAGGACCCGAUAUGGUGUAUGCAGUGGGGAUGUGCAUCCAAGGUGCUGAACCAAAGGUUUGUUCAAACUGUAUCGACCUUGCUUCUAAUGAGGUGAUUGAGACAUGUCCCAACCAGACAGAAGGCCUCGUGUGGCCUGAAAAUGGGAUUCUUUGUAUGGUACGUUACUCCAACCGUUCGUUUUUUGGAUCACUUGAGAUGCAACCAAAGUAUAUCCUGUACAAUACUGGAGAUAUCAAAUAUAGAUCUAAUUUAACAAAGUUCGAUACAUUGUGGGAGGGCUUAACAAGUCGUAUGAUAGCUAGAGCUACUUCAUCGUCAUCUGAACAAAAGUACUAUGCCGCUGAAGCAGUACCUUUGUCAUCAAUCCAGAAUAUAUACGCAUUAAUGCAAUGCACUCCAUCUAUAUCUUUAAGAGAUUGCAACAUUUGUCUAAGUCAAAGUGUCAGAGACUAUCAAUUAUGCUGUCAUGGGAAGCAAGGUGGAAUUGUUUACCGUCCCAGCUGUGUUUUCAGAUGGGAAAUUUAUCCCUUUUCUCAGGCUUUUAACCUUUCUUUGACACCGUUAGCUCAACCCCCGACAUCUCUCCCGCCUUCGGUAGGCCACAGGACCAACACAGUCAAGAGAGGAAUAAUUGUGGCAAUCGUUGUUCCCAUCAUUAUCAUCUUCUUGGUAUUACUUGUUCUAGCACUUUUUACGCACAAGAUCAGAAAGUCUAAACAGAAAGGAGUUUUCUUGAAGAGCUGAGCCGAUCCAGACAGUUCUUUUCAUUGCUCAGUGGAUGAUGCCUCGAUCCCAUGACAAUAUUAUUUAUGUAACAUCAUGUUAAUUCUGUUCUGUCGUUAUAUGUUGU